AUGUCUGCCACAGCAAUAAUCGAGAACCUCCCCGUGCUGGAGAAGCCGAAGAGGACUCGCAAAACCCACAACAAGGUCAGAACUGGGUGCAUAACGUGCAAAAUAAGGCGCAAAAAGUGCGACGAAGAGAAGCCUUUCUGUCACCGCUGUACAAGUACUGGUCGAAAAUGCGACGGCUAUGUCAACCAAUCUCCCGACCAGCCUUCAACGUCGGAGGAGUCAUCACCCUUGUCUGUCGAACACGAUUCGAAGAGGCAGAAGACAAGCACAGACAAAGUUGCCAUCCCUUCAAUAAGCAGAUCGAAGUCCAAACCCACUGUUGACGCACUGUGCCGAUCGCCAUCCAACGUCAGGUUUGAGUCGGACGAAGACUUUUUCUGUUUCGACUUCUUCCGCUCCCGCACUGGGCCUGAAUUCGCUGCAUACUUCGACAGCUCGAUCUGGCGGACAUAUAUCGUGCGAGCGUGUAUUCAACACCCCACGGUGCUUGCUGCCGCUGCAGCCGUUGGUGCUGUGCAUCGAAGGUUCGAGCUGGGAAUAUGUCGCGAAGCAUUCGAGUAUUGCGAUAUUUCGGACAAACUGUACCAGAAGGCACUUCGAAAAUUGUCUGAUGAUAUGGUCUCGCAUCCGAAUGCGGCCGAGAUCAACAUGAUUGUGAUGAAACUGUUUAGCAUUUUUGAGACCUUUCAGGGCAACUACGAGGCAGCGCAAGCGCACAUGACCGCCGGACUGAAAGGUCUGCUGAGUCGAAAGAUGCGCACAACGUACAAGAAUACGCAAUAUCGAGCCGUGGAGAUAAACCACGACAGUCUGCGACGGUUAUUCUUGAGAUUGGAGCUUGAAUCUGUCCGAUUGUUUGGAGGUGCAGCCAAAAUCCUUAGCGACCCGGAAUUGUCAAUGCCUGGCCCAUAUCUAAGUCCAUUUUCGCCAACCGGGAGCGAUGCUGACUCGUACCCUGAUCCAAACCCACACACCAUACCUCCCGUAUUUGAAUCACUCUCGCAGGCCCGCGAUGUGCUUUUCACAGAAGCAAAUUGGAUUUGGCAUACAUGGCAACUUCUCGAGCAGGGGCUGCUGAUAGGCACAGGGUUCCAGCGUCACCAAACACACAUUUCCCGCUUGUUGCAGUGGAGUAUGGCCUACGCAGAGUACAGCAAGGGCGAAGCAUCUCGAAACAACGCACAAGACCGCCACCCGGCUCAACUCCUCAAGGCGUACCGUGAGGCCGCGUAUCUCUUGUUACUUGCACAAAUGGCUUUCCACUCUCCCGACACCGGUGAAGUGAUUGUGCCACUAUGUGACCCUCCGGAAACCUGCGACUGUCACAGGUCGUGCCGCAAUUACGCUGAGCGCAAAGAAGCCUUGAACGCACAUUUUGCCCGCUUACUGGUUCUGAGUGAGAGUAUCUUAAAUCGUUCAUCCUUCUUUGCAUACGACGAACACUCCAUGAGUGUCGACAGUGGGAUCGGACCCCCAAUCUAUGUCGGGACAACGGAUUGUCGGUCAACCAAGGUCCGAUAUCAAGUGACAUCCCUUCUCAACAAGUCGGAAAUCCAGUCCCGCGUAUGGGACACCUUGGGCGUCUAUACGAUUGCCGAAAAGCUAGCGAGCAUCGAAGAACACGCAGUGGUCAAAUGUGGUGCUGUCGCGGAUGAAUUAGAGCCGAAGUGGGUCGACAUUACCUUCUUUUUGGACGAGAGGAGGGCGUUGUUACGGUAUUGCCAUGCCGACAGAGAAGGCAGAGAGGGCAAGCUUCGAGGAACGGGGCUGUGGACCGGCGAGAAUAGAUGGGAUGAGAGCGGGACCGGGGGACUGAUCUGGACACAGGAAUGGGUUGCUUUUUGA